CCAAAGAAUAAGGAAACAAAAUUUGAGAGUCGAGUUGCUGGAUUGUUUCCUGUUUCCAUCAUAAUUUUACAUUUUAAAUGUAUUUUUUUUAAAUAAAUAUAUACUGACAUUGUAUUUAUGAAAUGAGUAAGCAUACGGAACUUUCGAGAGGGAAAAAGAAGAGACAUGUGAUCUGUAUGACUUCAGACUUCUUUUAUCCUAACACAGGAGGUGUUGAAGAGCACAUCUACAACCUAGCUCAGUGUUUAAUCAAGCGCGGGCACAAAGUUAUAAUUAUUACUCAUUCCUAUGGCCAAAGGGUAGGAAUUCGAUAUUUAACUGCCGGUCUCAAGGUUUAUUACUUACCCAUAAAAGUUUUCUACGCUCAGUGUGUUCUACCAACAAUGAUCUGUAACAUAGCUCUCGUAAGAUACAUUCUUAUUAGAGAAUGUAUAGAAAUAGUUCAUGGCCAUUCGGCAUUCAGUGUCUUGGCACAUGAAGUAUCAAUUAUCGGUAAGCUAUUAGGACUGAAGACAGUAUUCACAGAUCACAGUUUAUUUGGUUUUGCAGACACCUCGGCAGUAUUAACAAAUAAAUAUUUACAAAUGUGUCUUUGUGAAUGUGAUCAUUGUAUUUGUGUAUCACAUACAGGGAAAGAGAAUACUGUGCUAAGAGCAAAAGUUAAAGCUCAUAAAGUGUCUGUGAUUCCUAAUGCAGUUGAUGCAUACAGUUUUACUCCAGACCCAAGUCAACGGGAUCCAAAGAUGAUAACCAUUGUCAUAGUAUCAAGAUUAGUAUACCGAAAAGGAGUUGAUCUUAUGGCUGCAGUAAUAGCAGACAUGUGUCCACGAUAUCCAAAUUUACGAUUUAUUGUAGGUGGGGAUGGACCUAAGAUGUGGUUAUUGCAGGAGGUGAGAGAAAGAAAGGGAUUCCAACACUGUGUCACUUUAUUAGGUAGUCUAAAACAUUCAGAAGUAAGGAAUGUUUUAGUGAAAGGGGAUAUUUUUUUAAACACAUCAUUGACAGAAGCUUAUUGCAUGGCGAUUGUAGAAGCUGCAUCAUGUGGUUUGAAGGUGGUAUCUACCAGAGUUGGUGGCAUUCCUGAAGUGUUGCCAGAAAGAAUGAUUUACUUGACAGAACCCAAUGUAGGCAGUUUGGUUGAGGGCAUAGAAAGAGCUAUGCAAGACAUAAAAAAAGGAAACAUUCUAUGUCCCUUUGAAUGCAAUAAAAUUGUUAGACAUAUGUACAAUUGGAUGGACAUAACUAGGAGAACUGAGAUUGUUUAUGGCAAAAUCUGUUUAAAUAAAAUUAAACCUUUAGGACAGCAACUACAGAGCUACCUAACUUGUGGCGUUUGGCCGUUUCUUUUAGUGAUCAGUUUAAUGUAUUUGUUACUACAACUUGUAGAGAAAAUUUACAAAAGAAAACAUAUUGACAUAGCUAGGGAUUUAAAACUAUAGUAUGGACAAAAGGAUUCAAAAUUAAAUUUUUAUUUUGGAAUGACAAUAUAAUACUAUGUUUCACACAAUCAUAAUAAAAAAGGACAAUGUUAAACCACUGAACUGUAAAAACAAGUAAAAUCAUAAUUUUAAAUAAAUAAUGAUUCAGAGA